GGGAGCCGUGGAGGACGGAGAGAAAGCAGCACUUUCGGUCAGCUCUCAGCGAACCCUGGAAGAGCUCUUUUUAAGAGAGAACGCAAGAAAAUGACGAGUGGAUGUUUAUGAGGACUGCAUGUUUUCGCUUUAUGUUACCAACAAUGGAAAUGCUGACAUGUUCGGCGCUGUGCUGGUGCUGUUAAAGGCAGGGGAUUAACAAAAACAGGACUGCAGUCGCGAAGAUUACAGCCGAGAAUGAACGGGUUCCAGCCGAGCCCUCCGGAGUGUCCGGUGGGGAGCGUCUGCUCGAUCGAGGGCCUGCCCCCCCUGCCCAAAGGCCUCAGCGGGAUCCUGAACUCCAGCGGCGGAUCGUGGAGGGACAUCGAGAAGGUCUACAGCAAGAAGACCCGCAUCCAGGCCGACAUCAGCAAGUCCCGGGUCAGCGACUCCCUCGGCCGCAGCAAGCCCGCCAGCCUGGACGCGGCGCUCGCCAUGCUCCGUAAGGAGAUGGUGGGACUGAGGCAGCUGGACAUGUCUCUGCUCUGUCAGCUCUGGUCUCUGUACGAGUCCAUCCAGGAGUACAAAGGAGCCUUCCAGGACAUGUCCUCGUCCCUGCUGUCCGAGAGCUCCUUUACCACAGAGAACGGCUUCUCCGAGGAGGAAGAGGAGGAGGAAGAGGAGGAGGAUGAGGGAGGAGAGGAGCCGCAGGGUGCGCCUGGGACCCCGCUGUCCCUCCCACAGCCCACCCAAAACUCCCGGGACCAGUGGAUCAAGGAGUCCUUCCACAUCCCUUUAUAGGACGCUCGGUCUGCGUCGCGCAUUGCUGAGGGUGAGGCUUGGUGAACCCCGCUUUGGGCAGAGUCUGAUCAGAACCCCUCUCUGCCUCCUGAAAGCAGCCGGGUCAGAACACGCCUGUCACUACCUCGCCGACUCUCCGACCGAAACCUGCAGGCCGGGUGGCUUUCUGGAUCACAUGACCUUCACUGGUAAAAAACAAUAUUUUAAAAAAGAUUUCAUUUUUUUACCAGUAAAGAUUGUUUUAUCCAUUGUAAGGCCCCUGACUUUUUCGGUGCUCUCUGAAAUCAAAACCGUUUGAUUGGCUGAGAACGGUGAGUCCUGCAAUGCUCAGAGAAGCUCCGCCCCUUGCGGGAUUCGCGAAGCCUCACUCUGCCGUCACUGCUGAGCGUGUGCCAUGCUGUGUCCGACCCCGGCGCUGGGGCCGGCCCACCACUCUCAUCCACUUCCUGUGACUAUCUCUCGCACUUCCUGCUCUCAGACUGGUGCUGUGCUCAACUCUGCCAGUUAUACUGUGUUACAGGUUUUAUAGAUACCUUUAAAAAACAGCUGGCUAAAAAAGGUUCAUUUGGUCUCUUCCAAAGAAUGUUGUGGGUGUUAUCUAUGGGAGGUAACCAUGGAAACAGCAAGAGGAAACUCCACCCUGCCAGAGGGAGCCAAGCUCCAAGACUCUGUCCUGCCUUAUUUCUUUGGAGGCGUUUGUCUGGACAGGAGGCCAAAUCUACUGUUUUCUUCCAGUUUUAAUAUAAAUGCCUUUUUCAAUCUUUCAUUGGCAUCCAUUUUUUUUACUUUGUUCUUUUUCUGAUGAUUGUAAACGUUGUAUUUUCCAAACAGGGGGGAAGAGGGGCCUUUUAGUCUUCAUGUAUGGAUUAAAUAUUUCACUUGUUUAUACAUGUUUGUUUUUUCUACGCUUUGAUUCCAUGUAGUCACGGACUCAUCAGAGUUAUGAGAAUAAAAUGACUUUUAAUAUCCAGAUCUCUUCUGAGUCCUAGACAUUGACCUGGGUUUCAAACUCAAAGAAAAGACUGUCAGAGCAAAGUGUGUGAUGUGUUAGCUGAGGUGUAAAGUUUAUAAGUGAUUUUAAAGAUGACAGACAUGUACACUGAUUGUAGUUUGUCACCUGUUUGCUUACCAAUGUUAUAAACACUGAAACAGGAAGUACCCUCACCUUUAUCACUUAUGUGUGACGUAUUAUCUGGUGCUUAAAUUCCCCCGAUCUGCCCUUUCUCUUCUUCAGUAAAAGCCAGUUUGGAUGCAGAGCUAGUAGAUUCUGGGUGGCAUCACUUCCACAGUCUGUGUUUAUCAAACCCCUGUAACCCUGGAGCACCAGCAACCUGCUUUAAAAUGAUAUCAGUCAUCAACAAGCAGAAUGAUUAAUAAUUCCUUGGAUAAAACUGAAAAAUUGCAAAAAGAGAAUUGAGAAUGUUACUAAUCUUAAAAAUAUUAAUUGAUAUGUCAUAAAGGCUUAUAAACGCAUUCUAAUAAAUAUU